AUGUUGCCCGAGGCCUUCUUCCGGCCGGUCUACCACAUGGGCUUCGACAGAUCCGAUGCCACUUCGACUUCGGCAUUUGCCUUGUUGCGCAAGGUGGCCACAGCCACCAAGCAGCGCGCUGCAGUCUGCUCCACUGCAUCCUCCAUCAAGAGUUGCAUAUUGGCCUUCGUCGAGGCGGAGACGAAACUGAGCAGGCUGAAAGCGCCGCCUGCGGCCUCAGCACGUACGGCGUCCCAGUGUUUGGAUCUGGCCUGCAAGCUCUGGCCUCGCAUGGCAGAUGCGUCCCACGAGAAGGAGCUCGAGUUCACCAGCAUCUGCUUGGCCGGCGUUUUGUCCACGUUCCAGUCGAGCAUUGGCGUCUUGGAUGAAGUGGACUUGCUGCUUCACCCCCUGAUGUCGGAGCUGAACUUUCCGGUGGGCGCUCGGGAGCCUCUGGAUCUGUCUCCUGAGCGCUGGGAGCUACCAAUGCAUCUUCUUCAGCCCUUCCUGUGCGUGGACGUGGAUUUGGAAGGCCAAAGUCCCGCCUGGCAGACGUGCCGCGAGGAGAUCGAGAAGGGCCUGCAGCAGCUCGCUUUGCGCGACAGCCCCCAUCUGGUCCUGGUUGUCGAGAGCUUCUACUUCAAGCACCUCGAGCCUCCCUUGCGGUCCUGGCUUUGCGACUACUUUCGUGGGCAUGGAGCUUUCAAAGAGAGCCAAGUGCAGGACUUGUUGGCGGCGCUGGGCGAGGGAGCUUCACUAAGUGCGACCGAUCGGGCAAGCCAGCUGCUGGUUCUCGGCCGGGACUGGCUGAGGCACACCCUGCCCUUCGUCCUCGCAAAAGUCAACCGAGUGCACUAUGGCCUGCUGCGGCAGAAGGACACCCGAGACCUCGAAGCACGAGGCUACCCGGCGCGAGGCACCCGACUCCAGAUGGCCGUACCUUUCACGGGCCUGGAGACGCCUUCCAUCGCGUCAGAGUUCGCCAACCCCGACGUCGCAAUCGGGUUGACCAUCCAGGCCUUCGGGCACGAAGGCAUGCGUCGGAGCGACGUGAAGUCUCUGCUGCUCCUGCUGAAGUCCGACCUCCUUCGGGAUGCAGGGACUCCAACGGUGCAGCGCAAGGCUUUUCGAAGCUUCCAGGCAUGGACACAGUCGGACCCCGACGUGGAAGCGUCCGACUCCGGCGGGGUCCUGCCUUUGGAUUUAAUCCAGCCGGAUCCUGCCUCCAUCCUCUCCCUCAAGAAGCUCUGGGCCGGAAAAGCACCCGUCUAUCUUUACUACUUGACCCGCGAGAUCUUUCCAAAGGCCACACCUUGUCAGACCAAGAAGCUCUCCGCCUGCGCACAAGAGCUGGCUUCGCCGAGUCUCUUUAAGGUAAGGCUGGGCUUCUCGGGAACCCCUAGCAACAUCCUCCCCUCCAGCUUGCCUUCGGUGGAGUUCGAUGGCACCACCGAUGGGAAGACCAUGGCUAUUCUCUCCUCCCCACACCUGGUCCAAAUCCAUCAUCUCAAGUCUGGCUGGACACCGCAAUCCGUGCUCAGAUACGUGGCCAAUAGGCGACCGCGCUUCUGCGCCCUUAUCGACACGGCGGCACUCCUCUGCGGCUUGGAGAACGAGGAGGUGGCAAAGUGGCUUAUGGACAGCCCUCUGACGGAGGGUGAGGGACAAGAUGCAAAAGAGGCCUGCAUCUUCCUGGCUCGCGGAACCGACCUGCCCAUGAUUCUGCUGAAAGGCGCUGCUUCGGCUGUACCUUUGGAAGAUGCCAACAUCCUUCCGGAGAAGCGCUUUUGCUAUUUCGACCAGCCGCACACUACGGGCAUUGAUAUCAAUCAGCCUUCACUGGGAGUUGCUGCCAUCACAAUGGGAAAGGACAUGAGCAUCCGGGAGCUGCAGCAAGGGGCCUGGCGAAUGCGCGGCCUUGCAAGAGGGCAAACGCUGGAAAUGAUUCUUCCCGAAGAUGUUGCCGUCUACAUGCGCAGCGCUCUGGAAGAUGAGACUGCGGUGCCUCUUUCGAACAACUCCCGAGCGCUUCAAGACAUCCAAUCCUGUCUCUUGAUGCGCUCCGUGGAGCGGGAAGAAUUGCAAGCCCGGCAGCUCGUGCGCCAAGAUCUGGGGAACGUUUGGAAGUCUGAGGCUCUUCAAGCUUUGAUGGCGGGUCGCAGAGAGGACGUGGAGGUGCUCCUGGAGACCGUGAGCUCCGAUGUCCUGCAACGCACACCGCAGAGUCUGCAGGAAUCUUUGAGAGAUUUGGCCGCCCCCUUUGUGAAGGCCAAGCCUUUGGCCGCAGCUGUUGAGAGGGCUGUGGAGCGAGCAGUACAACUCCUGGGCGAUGUCGCAGAGCAUGGCCGUGGGGGAGGAGGAGGGGAAAUCGUUCGCGAGCAGGAGCAGCAGCAGCAGCUGGAACAUCAGGUGGAAUCAGAGAAGGACACGACGCUCAACCGGCCUCGCAUUGGUGAGAGCCGUGUGUGGGAGCUUCAGCAGAAGAUGGAGGAGAUUCUUGGUGCUGUCACUGCCGGGGACAAGAUUCAAGACAUCCACCUCUUCGCUUUCCCAUCCGCGGCGACGAUUGCAGACACCUUGAAUCUGGCCUCGCAAGCCGGAUCGGCCACACAGGCAGCGAAAGGACUCGAGGCCCGCGCGCGCUUGCAGAGCCUUCGUCUCCGAUUCUCACCGAACUCUCGCCUCACCAGCGAGCUUCCCGUGCUUCGGCCUGUUCUUGUGGCCCUCCAAAUCCAAGCCGCAUCCACGUCCUCCACGUCCACCCUGGCCUUGUCUCUCUGCGAGGCCGAAAGUAUCCGUUGGAUCCUGGAGACAGAGUCAGGUGAUGUCCGGGCCAGCUUCCUGCUCCAUAGCAUCUCCGAAGCUCCGAUGUUCGAAGCUCCAGGUCCAAUCAUGGCCGAGCACCAUGUGCUUUGCCAAAGCCGGCCGACUCUGGCCGUUUCACAAGCCGCCGUCAGCUUCUUGCGCUUCUACCUUGGCGAGUCCUGGUUCUCUGAAAGCGAGUCCAAGCUGCAAACUGAAGCAGACUGA